AUGAAGAAAAAGGACCUCAGGUUAAUCAGGGCAACACCUGCAAUUCAGAUGUUGAGAAUCUCGGAGGGGACAAGACACACUGCAGGCAGACCCGCGUGUGGCGCAGGCAGGGACCCUGAAAAUAAACAGCCGCCGCUUCGCGAGCCGUCCUCCGGGUCUGCGCCUGAGUCUCGGCCGCUGCGGGCCGCUGCGGGCGCGGAAGAUCUGACUGCAGCCCUGAGCAGCAAUGAGUGCUUCAAGUGUGGACGGUCUGGCCACUGGGCCCGGGAGUGCCCCGCUGGCGGGGGCCGCGGUCGUGGGAUGAGAAGCCGCGGCAGAGGUGGUUUUACCUCGGAUAGAGGUUUCCAGUUUGUUUCCUCGUCUCUUCCAGACAUCUGUUAUCGCUGUGGUGAGUCUGGUCACCUUGCCAAGGACUGUGACCUUCAGGAGGAUGCCUGCUAUAACUGCGGCCGAGGCGGCCACCUGGCCCGCGAUUGCGACCACGCGGACGAGCAGAAGUGCUACUCCUGCGGCGAGUUUGGGCACAUUCAGAAAGACUGUACCAAAGUGAAGUGCUACAGGUGUGGCGAGACUGGUCACGUAGCCAUCAACUGCAGCAAGACGAGUGAAGUCAACUGUUACCGCUGUGGCGAGUCGGGGCACCAGGCGCGGGAAUGCACGAUCGAGGCCACGGCUUAAUUACUUUCCUUUGUCGCCCCUCCUUUUCUGAUUGAUGGUUGUAUUAUUUUCUCUGAAUCCUCUUCACUGGCCAAAGGUUGGCAGAUAGAGGCUACUCCCAGGCCAGUGAGCUUUACUUGCCGUGUAAAAGGAGGAAAGGGGUGGAAAAAAAAUCGACUUUCUGCAUUUAACUACAAAAAAAAGUUUAUGUUUAGUUUGGUAGAGGUGUUAAUGUAUAAUGCUUUGUUAAAGAACCACCUUUCCGCGCCACUGGUGAAUAGGGAUUGAUGAAUGGGAAGAGUUGAGUCAGACCAGGAAGCCCGUUCUGGGUUUCUCGAAUAUGUUCCCAUGUAGGAGGUAAAACCAAUCCUGGAAGUGUCUGUGAGCUUCCAUAAAUAACUUUAAUUUUAGCAUAAUGACUGCCUUGGAUUGUCUGACCUCAGUAGCUAUUAAAUAACAUCAAGUAACAUCUGUAUCAGGCCCUACAUAGAACAUACAGUUGAGUGGGAGUAAACAAAAUAAAAAGACAAACAUGCGUGUUAAUGGUUGUGCGAGAACACUCAGGAUAAAAGCCUGAGCAGGAACAACCUCACCACAGCGUCGAUGCUGGGUAAAUAUGGUGAUGGCAAUGGUGUAGAACACACGUUUUCAAAGACUAAAUCUAAAACCCAGAGUAAAACAUCUAUGCUCAGAGUUAGCAUAAUUUGGAGCUAUUCAGGAAUUGCAGAGAAAUGCAUUUUCACAGAAAUCAAGAUGUUAUUUUUGUAUACUAUAUCACUUAGACAACUGUGUUUCAUUUGCUGUAAUCAGUUUUUAAAAGUCAGAUGGAAAAAGCAACUGAAGUCCUAGAAAAUAGAAAUGUAAUUUUAAACUAUCCAAUAAAGCUGGAGGAGGAAGGGGGAAAAAAAAA